GGUCGGCUCCCCCCGCGGCUCGCCUUUCCCGCUUCCCCCCUCGGGCUGCGGGGCUCCGGAGGGCAGCUACGGCCAGCGGCGGGAGGCGAGCGGCGGAAGUUAGUGAUCCCCGAGCCGCAGCCUCGGAGGCUCCCCCAGAGGCAAAGGACGCCCACCAAGCAACUGAUGACCGAGCGGCUUCACCGUGGCUCCCCAGAUGCUCCGCCAUGCCUUUUUUGGACUGGCUCCUCUAUCACUCGGUUGCCAUGUGGCUGCUCCUCCAGAGUUUUGUCCUGAUAGCCUUUUGCUUCCACUCCGCCACCACCUUCCCCAAGGGCUGCUACCCUUCUACCGAGGACGGCUUCAAAACCUUCCGCUGCAGCAAGGCCCAGCUCACCGUUAUCCCCAGGGAUAUCCCCAACGACACCAACAAAUUGUACCUGGAUUACAACCACAUUUCUUUCCUGCCUAACGACGCCUUUCAGAACCUGCCCCUUCUGGUGGAACUCGACUUGUCGCACAACGCCAUCAGCCGCGUGGAGGUCGGGGCCUUCCGGGGAUUGUCAGAAAGCCUGCACGCUCUGGACCUGUCCUCAAACAAGCUGGUGUCUGUCAACAAGGAUGUCUUCAGUGCGCUGAAAGCCAAAGCCAACCUCUCCAGCAACCCUUGGCUUUGCGACUGCACCCUCCAGCAGCUCGUCGAGAGGGUGGAGCUGGUGGCCGGCACCUCCGACGGGAUCAUCUGCGACGCCUCGGCCCGGAAGGAGCACAUCGGCAAGCCCUUUCUGCAACUGGUGGGGGACAUAGACUUUUGCAACAUCUACAAGAAGACCACAGACAUCGCCAUGCUGGUCACCAUGUUCGGCUGGUUCGCCAUGGUGAUCUCGUACUUGAUCUACUAUGUCCGGCAGAACCAAGAAGACGCCCGGAGGCACCUAGAAUAUCUCAAGUCCUUGCCCAGCAAGCAGAAGAAGUCGGAAGAGUCGUCUACGAUUAGCACUGUGGUGUGACCAAAAACGAAACCCUCCCUCCGCCCCUCACCUUCAAGAAAAUCGUAAGCAGAUAAAAGAGAUUCUACAUCUCCUUCAUGUGGAUCGUGUCCACUAGAUGCUGGAAUGCACAAUGGCUGAAGAGACUGUUACUAAGCAAACAAAGAAAACGACUUGGGGAGGCAGGGCCUUGCUUAUACAGAAGGCCUCCCUUAGAGUUUCUUUUCGAGCAAUGAGCAACAAAAAUCACGUCAAGUUUGAAUUACUCGGCACACUUCAAGGCAGGGGUUAGUGCCAGGUUGAAUCAACUACUUCUCAGCCCUGCCGUAGAGACUCCAUCAUACACACACUUUGCAAAAAAACCACCCACCUCUUUCUCUCAUGAUAUUGAGUACCAAAAACCUGGAGAACUGCAUCCUGGGAUAUAUUCCCAUCAUGCAAUGCUCCAGAAGGAUUGGGAGUGAGACUUAGGCGAAGCUCAGUGCUGUAGGUGUGCUCUUAAGAUCCUGCGCACGUUUGCCCAGAAGUAAGUGCCACUGGGCUCAGUGCUGUUUACUCCUCAGUAAGUGUGCGCCCGACUUUAGAGGGUAUUUCAAGGCCUGAAGUACGAAAGCCCCCCCCCCCAAAGCAGCUCUGAACAAUAUACAGUAAUUACCAAGUGCUGGGAGGCGUUUUGAGCCUGUUAUUAAUGUGCAAGAUUAGAGAGGAAGAAACAAAUUGCAGCAUCCCCUUAAUGCUGAAUGUUCUCUUUGAACGCACAUUAAUAGCACCACCAGUUCCCCUGUCAGAUGCUUCUUAUUGGGAUUCCCCCCACCCCCUUUAAUCAUUUUCUUCUUUGCAGGAAUCCAUUAAAACAUUCAGCAUGGAGUGGGGGCGGGGGGAAGAAUCAAUGUUUUGAACUUUUAA